AUGAAUGAAUCCGGGGAUGAUGUUUCGAAUUGUUCGAAAAAAAUAAAUGAAUUGGAUGAUGGCUUUAUAACACGGCAAAAACAAUUUGAAGAAAAAUUGGAACUGCAAGAGAAUGGUGGAAAAAAACUUUUGUCAGAGACCACUAUGGCGGGAAGUAUAGCGGAAAACAAUCUGGAGAAGUUUGCUUUAUUGUACGACAAAUAUAACGCACAGUGCAAUGAAUUAGAGAGAUUAGAGAAAAUAAAUAGUGAACUGGAAGAACAAUUACAAAAAGUGAAACGAGAAUAUGGUGGUGCUCAGAAAGUGCUUAACACCUGCCGGAGUGAGUUCUCUGCUUAUCGUGAAAGUUUGGAACGUCGGGUAAUGGAAGUGGAAUUACAACUAAAGAUGACCACUCAGCGUGCCGAGGCACGUGAGCAACAUUAUCAGCAACGCAUAAAACAAAAUGACGAGAAAUGGGAACAAAAAUAUGUGCAGCUAUUGAAAAGGACAGCAGCAAUCGAAAAAGAAAAGAAUGAUGCUGUCUGUCGGUAUGCGGCAAGAGAAACGCAGCUAAUGCGCUUACAAACGCAGAUAGAAGGACUUGAAGUGCAGAAAAAUAUGCUAUCAGUAGAGAAAAAUACGUUGCAGAAAAGCAUUCAAUUCGAAAAUCUGCAAAAUAUGAAACAUUCACUGGCAGAAGUGGAACGGCAGUUAGCACUCGAAAAGGAAGCUAAUAAAGAACGUGGGGAACAACAGAAAAUGACCGUCAAACAUUUAGAAGCUAGUCAAACGGUACUUACAGAAUUGCGUUCUCGUUUGGAAUCUGUACAGUCUCAGUUGGCGCUGGAACAAGUGGAGAAAGAGGAAUGUCAGGAGAAACUGAGGAAAACACAAGCGAUGUUAAAGACAUUAGAACAGCAGUAUGCCGAAGAAGUGAAUGCGGCGAUAAAGAAAACGAACAAUCAGGAUGAACUGUACAACAAUGUAUGCGAUGAGUUGGCCUCGCUUAGAUCACGUAAUUCUACUCUCUCCCAACAACUCGAUGACGUUAUACAAACAAACGCUCAGUUGCAGGCAGAAUCACAACAGCUGGGUCAAAAACUGGAACAAGCUCGUCAAACUCAUCAAGUUGAUUUAGAAAAGUUAGAGUCUCUGGAAGAAAUACAGACACAGUUAAAUAGUAAUUUGCGCCGUGUUAAAUUAGCAGAGAUUGCGGCAAUGGACGCAGCUGCAGAACGUGAUCAAGCAGAAACAGAAGCGGCAGAAUGUCGAAAGCAGGCAGAAAGGAUGCUCGAAAUUACUGAGCAAUUAGCAGAUAAGAAUUCUUCAUUAACCUCACAGCAAGAAGUGCUUAGAUUCAAGAAUUUGGAAUUAAAUCAACGGGUGAAGACAUUGGAAUCUUCUGUGUCAACUUACGAAAAACAUAUUGUUGAGCUAGAACGAGAAUUAGAAUUAUUAAAAGUUGAUAGUUCUGCAGAGAUUGGAACGCUACGACAGCAAAUUGAUACAAAUAUUGCUAAAGAACAGAAAUUGAAUGCAGUAAUUAAUGAACUUCGUAAUGAACAGGAAAUACUGAAGAAAAAGAAUUCUAGUUCUCUGAAGGAAUUACGCGCUGAAGUGCAGCAUUUGCGUAAACUGCAGUCUCGAAGCCCAAAUUUAUCCUCACCAAAUGCAUCAGUAGAAAAUAAUUUAUCACUUACCGUACUGCCUAACGGUGCAGUGGGUCCAUCCACUUCGUCACGAGCAUCGUCGAUUGCUUCUUACACUGAUAUAUGUCCAUUGGCUACUGGUUGUUCCAUCAAUCGAGCUGCUGCUCAUCAAAAGGAAUCUCAGCAAUUUCUAGCAUCACCAUCGUCAGACGAAGCAAAUCAUAUGCAACAACAAGUGGUUGAGAAGAUUGUGAAGCUGCAGCGGCAGUUGGUUAGACGACAAGAUAAGAUAGAAUUUCUCGAAGAACACGUUCGGCAGUGCACACAGGAACUAUUGAAGAAAACGAAGAUUAUUCAGAAUUACGCACUGCGAGAGGAGGCAUCUUUGUUGUUACCAGAGAGUGACUUGAAUAAGAUACCACGUGGACCUAAUGGUAAUAACAGUACUUCGUCCUCUUUAAUAGGGAAUUUAUUUGCAAGCAGUGCUAGUAGUGCCACUGCAAAAUCUGAAUUGAAAUUUGCAACGGAAGUAAACUCACGCUUACAAGCUGUGCUGGAAGAUGCUCUGCAUAAAAAUAUCACACUUAAGAAUAACAUUGACACUCUGGGUGAGGAAAUCUCUCGAUUAUCACGUGAAAAUCGACAGCUGGCGCUUUCCAAAAUUAUGUAA